GCCGGGAGUCUUCUCCCCGAAUCUGCAGCUUUAUUUGCAGGCAAAAGUCGAGCGGAAGGGUAGAGAGAAGAAAGUGAAGAAUGCUUGGUAUCCUGUUCACGUGAAAAAUGAAACGCCUUGUUGCCUGAAGGGCUGAUGGAUGAGCAGUCUGGCGGCAGUUGGGACGAUCGCCAUGUCAUCAUGUGUUUCGAGUCAGCCUGCUGCUGAGAAGACUCCAGUUUGCAGGGAUGAGCAGAGCAGCACCAGAAAGACCAAGCAGCAGCAGCAGCAGCAGCAGCAUCCCCCGGACCUCGUGUGCAGCAUCUCACUACUGAACCUGGACGUCGGCAUGGAGUCCCUGAUUGUGGUCACAGAGUACGACCCAAGCUCGGCCGGGCAGGGUGACGGCAAGGACAUGGACAGCUGCAAUUCCCCCGAGCUUCAGCCCGACUGCGGCCAGCUCACCGAAGCGGGGGUCUCCGCGCCCCUCUUCAGGAACGAGCAGAACCAAGGGGGCCAGGAGGCCAGAGUCCGCCUCAACCUCUCCGACCGCAAACUAUCCCUGCAGGAACGCUCCCAGACUGCCCAGUCUCCGGGCAGCAACCCAGGGGUAAACGGACGCUACAUUUACCCCUCCCUGCCCUACUCGCCUGUCACCUCGCCCCACUCCUCCCCUCGCCUGCCACGGAGACCCACGGUUGAGUCUCACAGAGUCUCGAUCACUGAUCUGCAGGACUGUGUGCAGCUCAACCAAUACAAGCUGAAAGAUGAAAUUGGAAAGGGCUCCUAUGGAGUUGUCAAGCUGGCUUACAAUGAAGAUGACAACACCUACUAUGCAAUGAAAGUUCUUUCCAAAAAGAAGCUCAUGCGACAAGCUGGCUUUCCUCGUCGGCCCCCCCCACGGGGUGCUAAAAUGGUCCCUGAGGGCCCCCCUCAGCCGAAGGGGCCCCUGGAGCGAGUGUACCAGGAGAUUGCCAUCCUGAAGAAGCUGGACCACCCCAACGUGGUGAAGCUGGUCGAGGUGCUGGACGACCCCAGUGAGGACCAUCUGUACAUGGUGUUUGAACUGGUGAAACAAGGUGCUGUAAUGGAAGUUACGACAGACAAACCCCUAACUGAAAACCAGGCACGGUUCUACUUCCAGGAUUUGUUGCGGGGAAUCGAAUUUUUGCACUAUCAGAAGAUAAUCCACCGGGAUAUUAAGCCGUCCAAUCUGCUGGUGGGGGAAGACGGGCACAUCAAGAUCGCAGACUUCGGAGUCAGCAAUCAGUUUGAAGGCACAGACGCCCUGCUGACCAGCACUGUGGGCACUCCAGCCUUCCUGGCUCCUGAGACCCUGUCCGAGACCAGGAAGAAUUUCUCAGGCAAGGCGUUGGAUGUCUGGGCCAUGGGAGUCACUUUAUACUGCUUCGUGUUUGGACAGUGUCCCUUCAUGGAUGAGCGGAUAUUGAGCCUGCAUCACAAAAUUAAAAAUCAGCUUGUGGAACUGCCAGAGCAACGAGAUGUAUCUGAAGAUUUAAAGGACCUGCUAUUAAAAAUGUUGAACAAGAACCCGGAGAUGAGAAUCACAGUCCCUGAGAUGAAGGUCCACCCCUGGGUAACGAGACACGGGGCCGAGCCUCUCCCCUCGGAGGAUGAGAACUGCACGCUGAUAGAGGUGACCGAGGAGGAGGUGGAGAACUCUGUCAAGCACAUCCCCAGCCUGGCUACAGUGAUUUUGGUAAAGACCAUGCUUCGGAAGCGAUCCUUUGGGAACCCCUUUGAUUGGAGCAGGCGAGAGGAACGCUGUCUGUCUGCCUCGGGAAACUUGCUCAUAAAAAACAAGUCAGGAAAUGUGAAAUACUGCUACAUUCACAGUAGCCACAGGAAGCAAGGCAGCGGGGACAGUAUAAAGAGCGCAGACCUGCCGGACGUGGGGGAGGAUGAGGUCCUGUCCUGAAGGUGGCUGUCGACUUUAGACAGCGGACGGAUUGUCACGAGUCUCUGAAGCACUGGAGGCUAAAGCACAUCUGCUGCCAGCAGCGAGGUCUCAUGCAGUGGUUUGAAGGAGCCCCCAGAACAGUAAUCUGUUUGUGUGCAGCUUUACAAUAGGCAGGCGCCUGGCAUGGGUCAGUCCUUGUGGUUUGCAUGUUUUCAAAUACAAGAUAAACAUUUCAUCAAUGAUCCAGACUUGUACAGCAGAUCAGUAUCUUACCUACUGGUGCAAAUUACCACCCUCCCCCAGCAUGAACUGCUUUGCUAUUUGUGAUCGGUAUAGGAUUGGAUCGCUUUUUAAGUGUACUACUUUUUUGGGUUUUUAAUAUACUUAAGAAUUGUGGUUUAACAAAACCUGAUACUGAUAUAAAGGUGCAGUUUGAACAUUUGUUUCUUUAAAGUGUGUUUAAGAAAAAGAUCAUGUACAAUGUCCUAUAGUAUAACAUGUUGGAUAUCUGCAUACAGUUCGGUGGCAGGAGCAGUACUGUUAUUGUUGUAGCACACAAUAGCAUUCUUUAAGCGUUGUUGUGGAGUAUUGACGGUAUUUGUCACUGCGUUUUGUUUUCCAAGUCUUAGGAGCUUAUAGCUUUGCUGUUAAAUUUAACGGUCACUAUACAGUUGGUACAGUAAAUGUAUUUACUGCUUUCAAUAUCGUUUUAAUAAAACGGUAGUUUAGGCACUGUGCGAGUUGCCUGUUUUGAUCAAGUGCCACAUUAUCACUAAUCUGCUGAUUCCAAGUUCUUUCUACAAACCUCUGAUAAGCUAUUUAAUAUAAAGAUUGACAGCAAUAUUGAGAAACAACACAUACACGAUAGUGCUCACUUGAUGGUGCUUCUUACUUAAUUUGAAAACCAUUAAUUUAAGCAUGGACUAACACCGGCGUGUUUCUGAAUCCGAGCUGCAGCUGUUUUCACAGACCGUGAUUACCACUAAUCCUGGAUUACCUAAUGUUACCAUAGGCAAGGUAGUCCGAGACCAGUGUUAAUCAGGGUCUGGGAAACUAGCCGUAAAUGAAAAGCAGGCUGAAUUUUACUGGAGUUUGGUUGAUGGUUUUAAUGAUUUUUGUGACGUACAGAGCAGCCUGGAAAAAAAAAAACGCUUUUGAGUGGAAAAAAACGCCAAACGGUUUUGCCUGUUUUGGUACAAGGGCUAUGUGACCUUUUUGCAUUACAAAGCAUUACAAUGUUUUACUUUAAACAAGAUGGCCCUAUUUUAGCUGAGUGACUUGAAUAAUGCAUGUACCAAUGCUUCCAUAACCAAUCCACUACAUGGAUGUAAAAUAUUUCAAAUAGGAGCUUUGUGGUAGCGACUGCUUUCAAUACACGCCUAGUAAAUAUACCCUGAUUAACUGUUGGCUGUAAAUAGAACAAAACUGAAUCUCUACUAUGUGAUAGUCCAGUAUUUUAUUCUAGUUCCAGUUAGGGUGUAUCGUAGUUGUUAGUUGCAGAUAAAUGGACUGAAACGUAUUCAGCAUGUAAUGCAGUUGAUUCUGAACCAGUCAGUUGAUUAAAGUAAUGCUUCCGUAUGCUUUUUUUU